AUGGAAAACCUCACGCCAGAACAAUGGCGAGAGAUUAUGAACAAGAAGAUGCAGUUCCCUCCGGAGCUCAUCAGCGCCAUUCAGGAAGGGAAAAUAGAGCUGCUGUGUGGGCUGCUGAAGACCGGUGAUGGCAUCAUCCGCCAGCUGGAUGAGUCUGAGGACCGGCAGUGGAGGGAGGCCCUCAACCUGUCCAUCCGCCUGGGCAGCGAGGACGCCAUGGAUACCCUCCUGCAGGGAGUCAAGUUUGACUUCCGGCAGAUUCACGAGGCCCUGCUAGUUGCCGUGGACACCAACCAGCCCAGAGUGGUGAAGCGCCUGCUGGACCGCCUGGACCAGGAGAAAGGCAACAAAAUGGACGUGCGCUCCUUCUCUCAGGCCAUCUUUGACCACUCAAUUGACAACUCCCAGUUUGCCCCAGGUGUGACCCCUCUGACCUUAGCCUGCCAGAAAGACCUGUAUGAUAUAGUCUCUGUGCUCACCCAAAAAGGUCACGUCAUCCCAUGGCCGCAUAAGAUAUCCUGUGCCUGUCUGGAGUGUCGCAACGGCCGGCAGUACGACCUGCUGAAGUUCUCCUUGUCUCGCAUCAACACCUACCGCGGCAUCGCCAGCCGCGCCUACCUGUCCGUCACCUCCGAUGACGCCAUGCUCAAAGCUUUCAGUCUCAGCAGAGAGCUCCGCAAGCUCUCGCAGAAAGAGCCAGAGUUCAAGCCUCAGUACCUGGGCCUGGAGCAGCUUUGUCAGGAUUUUGCAGUUGAGUUGCUGGGCAUGUGUCGCAACCAGAGCGAGGUGACCACUAUCCUGAACAGCUGUGGGGACGAGAGCCAGGAUUCCCUAGAGGAGCAGGCCUUUGAGGAGGGAAUACCCAACUUGUCACGUCUGCGGCUUGCCGUCAACUACAACCAGAAGCAGUUUGUGGCCCACCCAAUCUGCCAGCAGGUGCUGUCGUCUAUCUGGUGUGGGAACCUGGCAGGCUGGAGAGGCAGCAGGACGGCCUGGAAGCUGUUUGUCUCUGUGGGCAUCUUUCUCACCAUGCCCCUCCUCUGCCUCGUCUACUGGAUUGCACCCAAGUCGAAGGUAGGAAAGCUGCUAAAGAUUCCUGUGAUCAAGUUUCUCCUCCACUCAGCCUCCUAUCUGUGGUUUCUCAUCACAUUACUUGGAGAAUCAAUCACGAUGGAGCUAUAUCGAGAUAAGUUUGCUUCCCGGCAGCAGAACAUCCUGCACAGCUCCUUCCACAUGGUGUGGGUGGUUGGAUUCUUCUGGUAUGAGUGUAAGGAAGUGUGGAUCGAGGGGCUGCGGAGUUACUUCCUGGACUGGUGGAACUGCUUGGACAUGAUGGUGCUCAGCAUGUACCUGGCGUCCUUUGCGUUGCGCGUGCUUAUCGUGCUCAAAGGUUACUUCCUCUGUCACGAUCAUAACGGCACGGAGGAGUGCGUCUACUUCACUCAGACUGUGCGCGAGGACUGGCAUCAGGAGGACCCCCAGCUGAUUGCGGAGGUGCUGUUUGCGGUGACCAGCAUGUUGAGCUUCACACGGCUGGCGUACAUCCUGCCAGCCCAUGAGUCUCUGGGAACUCUGCAGAUCUCCAUAGGGAAGAUGAUUGAUGACAUGAUGAGAUUUAUGUUUAUAUUGAUGAUCAUUGGAACAGCCUUCCUCUGUGGCAUCAACAACGUCUAUGUUCCUUAUGUCAUCUCUCCACAUCUUGGCCGGUUCAAUGAGACGUUCCACUUCUUAUUCUGGACCAUGUUCGGCGUGGCCAACCAGGACUACGUGGACAUGCCGCAAUUUGUGCUGGCAGAGUUUGUGGGAAGGAUCCUGUAUGGCAUCUUCACGCUCGUCAUCGUCAUCGUCCUGCUCAAUAUGCUUAUUGCUAUGAUCACCAACUCCUUCCAGAAAAUCGAGGAUGAUGCAGACGUUGAGUGGAAAUUUGCCAGGUCAAAGCUGUACCUCAGUUACUUCAGAGAGGGCCUCACUAUGCCUGUGCCCUUCAACAUCAUCCCCUCACCCAAAGCUGCCUUUUACAUCUUAAGGGGGAUCUUCAGACGAAUCUGCUGCUGCUGCACUUGUAAUUCUGAGAAGAAAUAUCCCCCAAUAGCCUCUAUGACUAACGGUAAGGGAUCUGAAGACAGCCAGUUACCUUACCGGCAGCAGGUGAGCAGAGCUCUGGUGCAGCGCUACAUUGAGUCGGCUCGCAGGGAGUUCGAAGAGACCAAGAGGAAAGAUAUCGGUAAUCGGAUCACCGAGCUGAACAAAGCGGUAUGCAGGAUGCACAGCGAUAUGAAAGUGGUCCAGCAGCUUCUGAUGGAUGAUGGAUACACUACAACAGAUGCAUUGAACAAGGAUGGCUCCUCUGUACUGGGGAAAUACAUCAUUGGUGCCAAGAACAAUUUCAGGGGUUUUAAGAGCAUGCAAGACGACAAAAAUGCAUCACUUAAAGUGACAGUGCACCACGGAGAGGAAGGGAUGGAUAAAGAAAAGGUUGACUUGGAUGCAAAACAAGAGUCAGACUCACGAGAGAAUCAGGUGGGUGAAUGUGGAACAGAGGGAUCAAAGCAGGUAACAGACUGUGAUGUGGUGAAAAUGGAGGAAGGCAGAGCUAAAGCAGAGCUGGGAGAUAAUAAAGAAAGCGAGAAAAAAGAGCAAGUGCAAGCAGACAAAAAUGCAAACAAUGACAGUGAAGUGAAAGAGGAAGCAGAGGCAGGGGCAAGUUUUAAUAAUGUAGGAGACAAGGUACAAGCCGAGGCCACACAGGACGAGGCAGAAAAAAGAGGGGAAAGAGAGAUGCUCACAGGGGUGAAGGUGGGGGAAAAGCACACAGAGACGACCUCCAGGCAAGCUAGACGCAUCAAAGCGAAAUGGAUGAAGGGUAGAAAGUUUGAGCAUGACGGAGAAGAGAAGUCUGGUGUCAGGGAGUGCAAUGAAAUACCUGGAGCCCAGAAAAUCAUUCCCUCGCCCACAGGCAGCAGCAGCUCCCAGGACACGGGCUUUGGUUCCCAGGAAGGGGAGGGAUCGAUUGAUGGGAUGCAAGUGAGACCUUAG